AUGUCGGCGCUGGCUGCGGCCGGGACAUACGCCAUAGCUGAGACUGAGAGCCGCGAGUUGCACGGGUUGGGCAUAUGCCUCAAGAACAUCAAAGGCAUUGGGAAGGAUGUGCAGCUGGCCAAUGCGAGCUUCAUCUGGACAGAGCCCCACAGCAAAGAGCUGAAAGUGAAGCUUGAACUGCAGCAAGAAGCAAUUGUCGGCGUGGUUGUGAGGCAAACCGUCGUCGUAGAGCUGCGUGUGAAUAACCUCCAGUGCGACGACUGCAAGAAGAGCUACACCAAGCAUACCUGGGACAGCUCAGUUCAGGUCAGACAACGGUCAGAGCACAGACGGACGUUGAUGAUGCUUGAGCAGUUGAUUCUGAAGCACAAGGCACACACGAAGCUGAUCCAGCUUACUCCCUGUAAGGAGGGCCUGGAUUUCUUCUUCAAUAAGGAGCGUGAUGCGCAGGACUUCGUCUCGUUUCUCAAGAAUUGGGCCGUGGUUCGACACCACGAGUCCAAGCACUUGGUCAGCCACAACGCACAAAACACCACGUACCGCUUCAAGCGUACCACUUGCGUAGAAGUCUGCCCAAUUUGUAGGGAUGACUUGGUCUUCCUACCGCGCAAGAUCGCCCAGGCACUGGGCGGCUUGCCGCCCUUAAUGCUAUGUACCAAAGCUUCCUCGCACCUUAGUUUUGUGGACCCGGCCUCCUCACGUGUAGUGGAGGUUGCUGCCGCAGAGUACUGGCGCAAGCCCUUUCAGUCCGUUAGCAUUCCGUCCAAGUUGACGGAGUUCAUCGUGCUGGAUAUAGAAGAGUUUGGCCACCCAAGCGGUCGGGGAGGUGUUGGAUCUAUUUGUCCUUGCGAAGUCGAGAUUGCGCGGGUCGCGGACUUUGGGCACAAUGAUGAGCGGAUAACUGUUCGCUGCCACCUAGGUGCUCUUCUUCAUGUUGGGGACUAUGUUUUGGGCUACGACCUUCGUUCAUUGCACCUUGGCAUGGACGAUGAAGAGAUGGGUGGAGUCCCACCGUUGGAGGUGUACCUGGUUAAGAAGAAGCGGCCAGAACGCAUCAAGAAGAAGCCCCCAAAUCCAAAGCGCGGCAAAGGAUCCGCAGCGUCUGUGCGGGGCAAGUCGCCUGAGCCAGAGAAACAGGACACGGUGCAGCUUCAAGCGCCUUCAGAGGAUGCUGUGGAAGAAGACAGGGAAGAGCUCGAAGAUGAGGCUGCUGAAAUGAAGGCAGCUGCUGAAGCGCUUCUCACCCAGUUGGGCGAACCCAACUUGCCAAGAUCCACAGAUGAAUCGGAGCCGAGCGAAGAGGUGCACUCAAAGUCCGGCCCAGACAGCGGCUGCCCUGCAGAGUGUCCGCCUGCUGCAGGCCCUCCUGAGAUGCCGGAGAAGGCCAAGACAGCGGGCUAUGGACCCCGCAGAGGAGUUUGA